UUUCAGUCUCAGAUGUGGGUGUGUAAAAUUGAACUUGAACAGGAAGUAUUCACGUUAGUACAACAACAUGACGAUGGAGCUCGAGUCAUAAUUUUAACGUCAAUUGGAUGAGAUAAUAAUAUGGUGACCCUGAUUCACUUUCGACUAUUUCGCAAGUAAAACAGGGGCUGAAAACGAACCAUCAAACCUAGCGCUGUCCGACGGAGCAAACCCCGUCACCUGACAGUCUGUAACGGGACAGCAGAGCAUUGUCCUCCAAACGAUGUCCGAAGCCCCUGCGUGAGACUGAAAGCACACACGGAUCUAACCAUCAGUGGCUAAAUGUUAUUUUUCAAGCCCGUGUUAAGGAAGUAAAACCGUUCAAGGACAUGUUUGAGAAUUUCAGAGAGAAGUUACAAACGGUGCAGCAGGAUUUCACAUCAGGAAUUAAGACCUUGAGUGACAAAUCUAAGGAGGCUAAAGUAAAGAAGAAACAAAGAAGAGAUGAGCACCUUCCCCAAUAUUCUGCUGGAGUGGAGCUACUCAGUCGGUAUGAAGACACUUGGGUCACUCUUCAUAAACGCUCUAAAGAAUGUGCUAAAGCCGGGGAGACUGUAGAUGGGGAUGUAGUGAUGCUGUGUGCACAUUGGGAGAAGAGGCGAGGAGCUGUGCUUGAGCUACAGGAACAACUCCAGCAGAUUCCUGCUUUUCUCUCCAAUCUGCAGACAAUCACCUCACGCAUUGCUCAUCUGGAGGCUGACUUUGAGGAGAUGGAGGCUCGUCUUAUCUACGUGGAGGAUAUGUGCGCUCAGUGUGAGCAUCAGCGCUACAAGGACUUUCAGAUUCUACAGCUGGAAAACUAUAAAAUGAAGAAAAGGAAAGAACUCGAGGCUUUCAAAGCUGAGCUCGAUGCAGAACAUGCUCAGAAAGUGUUGGAGAUGGAGCAUGCGCAGCAGGUCAAGCUGAAGGAGCGGCAGAAGUACUUUGAGGAGGCAUUUCAGCAAGACAUGGAGCAAUACCUCUCCACAGGAUACCUGCAGAUCACCGAUCGCAGAGAUCCAUUAGGCAGUAUGUCCUCAAUGGAGGUGAAUGUUGACCUGCUGGAACAGAUGGAUCUUACGGACGUCUCCGAUCACGAAGCCCUCGAUGUGUUCCUCGGCUCUGUUGGAGAAGAAAGCAGCGCUCCAACUCCGGAUACAGCAGGUGGCCCAGCUCUGGAAACUGGCUCAUCCCCAUCAGAGAUCAGCCUGAAGGUGCCCUCUCAGACAGAGCUACGACAAACCAACUUCUCCAUCUCUUCCACCUGCACUGACAGCUUCAGCGGGAUCACCGAGGGUCCAGACGAUGAAGAUGCCAGCGAGGAGAGCUGCCCUGGAGACUCACCACAGGUCCAGUCGGACGAGGAGGAGGUCCAUGCGGACACGGCCCUCAUGAGCCUCCUAGAAACGGAGGAGCCGCUCAAGAGCUCAGACGACAGCGACACGCAGGCCCCUUAGUGGCCGUGGAGGAGAACCACACUUGAGUCAAGUUGGUCUAUUAAAGUGAAACCAUUUACAUCAGGGCUCAGACAGAAGCAGUGCUGGAGACUAGCCAAAAACGAGACUUUUUUUAUGGCAUAGUGUGAUGCUUUGAAAGGAAGAUUUUGGAGCCUUGUAGAAUCCUGUUUGUGCUCCGCUUAGAGAGCAGCUCUUUCAGACUGGUAGCACUGUGAUUUAUGUUUGUUACUCAAAAGAACAGUACAAUGUAUGAUACAAUUCUUCAUAUUUGGAUAAAUCAGAAUAAUGGCUAAGUAAUAAACAUUUUACAGUGUUUCUGCUAAUAUCAUACUUUAAAUAUGUUGCAUGAGUUUGUAAUGCAAAGGUCCGUUUUGCAUAUUACGUUAAAGAAUACACUGAAAUAAACUAUAACUUAAAAUAAGACAAGACACUCGGACAAGUCUAAAUGUAGGGCUUAUGAUCAAUAAAAAUCUUUACAUUUUA